AUGAAAGAGAGGCAGAAAUUCUUCUCUAUUUUCUACAUGUCAAUCAAUGCUGGGAGCCUGCUGUCCACUUUGAUCACACCCAUACUGAGAGGAGACGUGAAAUGUUUCGGUCACGACUGCUACGCUCUGGCCUUCGGUGUUCCUGCGGCUUUGAUGAUGGUGGCGCUGG